GCUUUUAUUUUGGCUCUACUUCCGGUUGUGUUCAAACUGUGGGCAGCUUGAAACAAACCACCGGUUGUUUCAGGAAGUGUUGCUAGUGUUGCUGCAAUGUCGGCGUGUUUACCCCCAGAACUCGAAUUAAUGGAGAAGCAUGAGGAAAUUCUGGACAGGAGAGCGGAGCUGCUGGAGCAGACGGAGAGUCGCAGAGAGCGGCUGAAGAUCCAGAUGAAGAAGAUGGUGCAGGAGUCUGAGGCCGCCCGUCAGAGGAACAGCGCUCUGCUGCAGAUGAGAUACUGGACCUCUGUAGAAGAGUCUGUUCCAGCCUGGGAGAGCUUCCUCCUGAGUAAAGGCCCACAUCCUACUGAUGGCCCAGAACAGCAAGCCAGGAGGCCCAAACACAAACCCAGCACAGCUAAAGACAGAGGCCUGCCUCCUCGUCCUCAACCCAGGACUGCUCGAUAGGUGAGGGGUGUUGGUGAUGGAGGUGGUGGUGCACUGCAGCCUGAAAGAUGGCACGAUUAGUCACAUGGUGUUGAUGAUCAUGUCUGCUUUGGGAUUCCAAGGCCUGUGGGCCAUCCUCUCUACAAGGUGUAAGCUCAGGCUCUGGUGAACAGACCCAGAGUGCUACUGCCAAGUGUCUUUAUCUGACAUCCUGAAAAGAUGAUUUCAUGAAUGCAGUGUCAGUAGAUGACCACCAGAGGGAGCCAGUGUCAUAGAUAUAAGUCCUGUGUCUGGUGAAGACACGGAUGAGUCUGUAACACAACAAUUCACAGCCGGCUAGAUUCUGUUCAUCUUUUGGACAGUCUUAGCUCAAAUAUCAUUUCAUCUUUUAAUUUGAUUUAUUUUUUAAUGUUAAUAAAAUCUGACAUGUGAGCAGAUUCAAGACUGAGACCAAGCUUUUCAAAGGAGCUUUCUUCCAUUUUUGCACUUAAUAAGGAGUUAUUUUGAUAGAUUGAAUGAUCAACAAGCCAAUAUCAUUGAUUGAGAUAGUUAAAACUUCAAUCUAUAAACAUUUUUAGGUUUUGCCUUUAUUUGAAAAUUCCAGGGUUUGCUUGAGUUUCUGCUUUCACCUAAAGGAGCCACCAAUCUCCAGGUGGAUCGUUUAAUACGGCCAAGAAACAGACGAUGAGGAUAUUUACUCCCCUGACAGGAAUAAACCAGCUGUGUGGUAUCAUUGUAAGUCAACGCAUGCAAAUAACAUUUCUUCAGAUUCAAAUCUCUUUGAUCACAGACGCUGUCCUGGCACCCAAAAAGAAAAACAGCCUCAUUCUAGAAAAGUUCUGCAUUUCUACUCGAGAAAUGUUGCAUGUGAAAUACUGAGGGGAUUUUUUGUGAUGAUUUGUUUUUUUAUUGCACAUGUCGGGAAGAGUUGAGUAAUAAAACUAUUGAAUCAUA